AUGACUUCCCCAGAUACGUCGAAAGGAUUUGAUCGGGAGCGCGAACGUAGGUCCCGCUCCCGUAGUGGCUCGCGCCGCCGAAGUCCACAACCAUCAUCACCUCCUCGCAGGCCUCCCCAUGCGCCUGCUGCACCAUUGCCCUCAAAGGUCCUUGGAGUGUUUGGUUUAAGCAUUCGAACGGUGGAGCGUGAUCUCGAAAAUGAGUUUGGAAGACACGGCGCUGUGGAGGGCUGUUGCAUUGUUUACGAUCAGCGUUCUAACCGCUCUCGUGGGUUUGGAUUUGUCACAAUGUCAACUGUUGAGGAGGCAACGAGAUGCAUCAAGGAAUUGAAUGGAGUCGUAAGUGUGGAACUUCACCAUCGUCGGAUUCGGGUCGACUACUCUGUUACAGAUCGUCCUCAUCAAUCGACUCCUGGAGAAUACAUGGGUUACCGACGUUCUUACGACAGACGUCGAUACGAUCGCUACCGCGAUGACCGCCGUGAUCGUGACGAUAGGUACUACAGGUACGAUGACAGGCGUGACAGAGACCGCUAUCGCGAUGACCGCCGUGACCGCUAUGAUCGUGAUCGUGAUCGUGACCGUGAUCGUGACCGUGAUCGUGACAGGGACCGCGACCGCGACUCGUUUGGAAGGGAUCGUGAUUGGAGGGACAGACGAAGUUCUAGUCCAAGGGAUAGAGAUAGGAGGCGCAGCCUUUCGCCAAGGCGCUCACCCCAUCGUGAUUUUGAUGGUCCUUCUGAUUCUGACCGGGCUGCCCCUAGGUGGUAAGAUGAUGCUUUCAGUUCGGUGCAUUUGCAGUUUUGUUGCAGAACCGUCCCCGCUGUACGCGCAUCAUCAAGAUUUGGAAAGAUUUUCUUGUGUGCAGUCGGAAACUCGUCAAGAGCUUUACAUCCUUCUUUACCUCAAUUGUCAAGUCUCUUCAAUAUCUCUCAAAUUCAUACUGCCUUCAAUCUGUUCGUCAAAUACAACAUGCAAGCAUCCACGUUUCACCCCAAGUUAUGCUCAAUACAAAACAGAAACAAGCCUGCAAGUGUACAAGCGACUUUUGUAUCCCUGGUUCAUGGCCAGUUUUUUUCUCGUAUUUGGUAUUAUCUUGUUCUUUCUUCGCUUCCUACUGGUCGAUUUGUAUGAAUCGUAGGAUAUGCUACUUAUACACAUGGUUCGUGUCAUU